AUGGGCUAUAGGAAAGAGUCAUCAUUCACCCUCGGACAACAUGAAGAGUUGGAGGCUCUAUUGAGCCAGACCAUGAUCCUAAAUAAUAACCUCCAGAGGGAGCCAGCUUUGAAACUCAACCUACAGGAGAAACCAGGAAAGGCUGGACCCUUUGAGGUGUGCUGGUUCAGAAACAGGAGGUUCAAAUCGAGGAAGCAGCAGUAGCAACAAUAAUAGUAACCACUAAAGCCACCAAACCAGAUCCUUGCAGCUGAGAAGAAUGUGUCCACCUCCCCCAGCAAUCCUUACUCUUUCUCUCCUGUGGCUCCAGGAUUCUAGAACCCCCUUCCACCUCAGCCUGCAGGCCCUUCCAGUUGGUAGAUACUAUCUUCAUGGAGUCCAACAAGACAGUCUCAAAUGUAAGACCCUUAGUUGGAGUGGCUUGUGGACCCAGUUCCUGCCUUGUAUUCUGAUGCCUGUGAAGCCCAAAUCCUAGAACUGUAGUUUUCCUGACAAGGGGAGACAUCCAGCUCUUCCAUCCACAGCCUGGAUCAGUAUCUUUCACCCACAAGGUUCCAAUUAGAAGGACAGGGUUGCUCUCUCAGGACAUUUGCUGGCCCAGCUGUUGUUCUAUCUCCCAGGCAAACCUGGUCCAGUAGGACAAGCCAAGCCUUCGUAGCCUGCAGUCUAUGAGAUAGCCCAGGAUUCCAGAACCCCUCCAGUGGGGUAGACUUUGCAUUUCUCUGA